AUGCGUACUAAUAAAGAGCUUAAUCUAGCCAUUCUCGAGACGCUCAACAGCUUGGCAGAAAACAUACGGACGUUAACGCAUAGGUUCAGUCCUCAGACCAACAUAUCUGUCGAUACACCAGCGGAACGAACCGCGAUACGAAAGCUCAAAGACCCAAAUGCACCCCGCAUACCACGUAACGCUUUCACGUUUUUUGUCGAAGAGCUCGGUAAGGAUAUGCGCAAGAAAAACAAAUCGAUCAACCAGAGACAGGUCAUAGCCGAAGCUGGAAGAGCUUGGCAAAAAAUGGAUGACAAAGAAAAGGCACCCUAUGCUAAGCUGUUUAGGAGGGACAGAAUGCGUUACUUUGCUGAAUUAGAGGCGUACAAGUCGCAGAAACAAAAGGCAGAAUCUAAUCAGGAGGAGGAGCAAAUGGAAAGUGAAGAAAAUAGUCAAGAAGAAAGCGGAACGGAAGCAGUCCAAUGGCCAAAUAAGAACGAACGUGCCAUCAACCGAUCACCUUCCAAAAAGAAUCCUAGCGAGGAUGAAGACCACGAGUCUGUAAAUACUUUCGACAAUGAAGAAGACCAAGACGAACUAAAUCAAGAAGAAUUCGACGAAGAAAGACAAGAAAAACUGAAUAAGGAUGAGCUAUAUAAGGAUGAACUGGAUCAAGAUGAACUGGACCAAGAUGAACUGGACCAAGAAGAAGAAGACCCUGAAAAAUGGCGAUACAAUGACAGCGAGGACAGCGGUGAUGAAAACUUGCUGCAUGAGUCUCAUGACGACGACAAUGAUAAUGGUGGCGAGGAAGCAUCAAACAAGCCAAUCAAAACAUUAUCAACAGAUGAGGAAGCGGCGAAGGAGAUAGUUCAAAAGCCCAACGGAAACAGAGCAGCCGACGACACAAUCAGGCAAAUACCCAGUGACAGAGGCAGUGACACGGAUGAAGAAGAGGGUGAACCCUCAUCCACCGUCAAAGGCGAUGGUAGUGGCAUGGAAGGAGGUUCCCACUCGGCCAAAACCAGCAAAGGCAGCGAUAUCGAAGAAGAAAUUGAGGGCUCCUGGGACGAUGCCAACGGCCAAUUGACAGACCUCAAGAAGACGAACGACAAAGCAACAACCGCCAAUCCCACAGAUGAAGGAGCGCAAUGGCCGGUAAAGAAGUUGAAGAAGAGGAAACUUAAGAACAGGAACAAUAAUAAGCAUAAGAAGCUUGGAAUUACAAAGCGUAAGCUGGUGACAAGUUGA